AACAGCAGCGGACCAAAGCGCUGUGAGGCUGCGCGACUGCGCACUGAGUAACCCACACACCACGAACCAAUUACAGGCGGCUCCUCGACCAUAGAUGCCUCGAGCAGGCUUGACCGAUCACCCUCGCUUCGGACCCUCCCAUAGACCUCCCUCAGAAAGAAGACUCGCAUCCAGCCCUACGCAUUCCGGCGCGUCUUCUCCCGUACCAUCCAUUCAAGGCUUUCAGCGGCAGAUUAUACCUUCGCCGCAACAAGCAGCAUCCACAAGUAGACACAGCAAGCAACCAUCGCCCUCUGCAGCAAUCAUGUCGUCCUCGCAGGGCCCAAAGAGAAUACCUCUGCCAGGCAGAUCCAGGCGACCCAAGUCAUCCAACCGCAAGGUAUCCAGACCGGAGCGCAAGGCGUCGGUACGCAAGGAGUCGUACGACCUGGACGAAGAUGAGGCCGCAGAUGACGAUGUCGAUGCUGCUUUAAAGGAUGAUUCGGACCUGUCCGACGCUCCUUCCCUCCCAUCACCCUCUACCAACGACCUCGAGCACUCAGACUCGGACGGCGAAAUGGCCGCUAAGCUCCAAGCAGCAGGCGAUGGCGAGUCUCUCCUCGGCUCAGGCGAGUCAGGAGACGAGCAAGAAGAUGACGAGGAGCGGUUCAUCGUCGCAGAGACAAAGGCAAAGGCGCGAAACUCGAUGAGGGCGAGGCAGCGUGCGAGACGCGCAAGCGUCCGAAACCAUGGCGAAGGUAGCAGCAAUGGCGUUAACGGUGGCGAAGGCGACGAUGUCGACAAUCUUUCCGACAUCGGCUCAAUGUCACCCGACACGAUGCGCCUGCUCGGCCUCUCAACAAUUGGCGACGAGCUGCUGCAAGAGCAGACUGGUUUCCAUAGCGACUCUGAGCCCUCUUUCACCGACUUCUUCGCCUCAGACGAUGAAGGGCUCCAAGCAGCGGACGACGAGGGAGCCAAUGCAAUGACGACGGACGACGACGAGCUCACCUCAGACGACGAUGACGAAGAAGACGACGACAUCAGCGACAUCGAGGACACACUCAUGGGCAUCGAUGAGCCCUUUCUCGCUCACGUCGGCGCAGUCAAUGGCGCACCGCAGACGGCUGAGCAGCUUCAAGCGGCAAUGGAAGCUGGGGCUCAGAUUGCUGCACAGGACAUCCCGCUGCUCGUCAUCGAAGAUCUCGACGGCCGACUCAUCUACGCGCGCGCGGGAGAUGGCGAGGCCGUGUUCGGGUCAGAUGGAGAGUUUGAAUUCGUAGACGAGUCUAGCUCGGAUGACGACUCGGACGAUGAGGUCGACGACUUGGGACUGGACGCUCGCGACCCUCGUUGGGCGGCAACGGCGGCCGAGUGGGAAACGCAGGGGCAGGGCAGCAGCAGCGGUAUGACUCGACUUCCAGCGAGCAGGGCUGCAAGCAGGGACGCGGACGUUUUUGAAGACGACGGAGAUACAACUGACGAGCUGCCGGACGAGGAGAUGCCCUUCCCGCGUCUGCUAGUUGGAUCAGUCGACCCAAGAGGAGGACGCACAUCUCGCCGAGCUCGAGCUCUGGCUGCGCAGAUGAGGAGGCUGUCACCCAACACGGCAGGCGCGAGUUCUAGCAAGGUGGCCGAAGAAGUCGGUACCAAUCCUUCAAAUCCGCAAGAGGGCAAUGCUACCUCACCAUCAAGGCCAUCACCGAGUACUGCCGCGGUACCACCCGCAACGCCAAGCAACGGUGAUGCCCGCGAAUCGCCAGACGCACGACCAGCCAUGGGCUCCUUUAUGCCUUCAUCUACCAAGUCAGUGCAUCGUGCAGUCAUCGACGGCUCACGCCAAGCUGCUUCACCGUUCACGAGCAAGUACUCGCUGCAGCGCAAGGGCCUCGCUGGCAAGCGCAGACCACGCCGCUCUGCCCUCGAAGCCCCUGGACAGAGCGUCGCAUCGAAGCGGGCUCGUCGCGACGACACAAGUGAGGCGCCGUCCUCGCCCGAAGUCAGGAGCGCUCCGCUCGCAAUGGAUCUCGACGAUGUAGUGGACGGCUCGAUGCUGUGGCGUAGCAGCGACUCGUCGGAUGAGGAGCAGGACUCGGAUGCAGCCUCGGAGAGCACGGCAGCUGCGGACGGGGUCACUUCUCGCUCUCGUCGCUCUUCGACCACCUCAGGCGCUCCGUCAGGUUACGCAAUGACGUCCAGUGCCUUUUCUCGCUGGCGUAAAAUCCCCAUGGGCGCAUUCCGAGACCAGCAGCAGUCCCGUGCCGGAGGCGGAGGAGCUGGGCCGUCCACGACGCCUGCUCCGCCUCAGCCGAUGAUGGGCAAUUUUUUGCUGCAGAGAGUUGGGCGAAACAGCAACAGGCAGGAAGACCAUCAUCACUCGCCCUUCCGUAGGACAGGCAGCUUAGGGAGUAGCCUGCACAUGGUAGUGCCUUCCCCGCAUGCAGAGGGGGACAGAAGAUCCAUGGUCGUCUCGCCUGUGCUCUGGCCAGUACGCGGAGGCGGCAGUAACGGGAACGUUCAGCAGACGCCAGGUGCAUCGAGCAGCAACGCGAUCGCCUCGGGGUCAGCAGCUGUGGCAGCGACACCCCACGGUAAGCUCACAAAGAAGGAGAAGCGUGAGAAGAAGGCGCGCAGAGCAGCGCAGCGCGCAGCGGCACGAGCGGACAAGCAGCGCUUGCAAGUUGAGCACAUCUUUGGCGAGAACGAGGCUGGUACGAGCGCGUUGGCCUCUGCUCCUUCCACGCCUACUGUUGGAGGGACUUCUGCACUUGCGGCUGCCCCUGCCUUGCAAGCGCCGCCCAGCCUCUCGCCAUCGAGUGCGAUGCCUAAGCUUUCCCUCACCGAAGCAUCGCCAAGGGCCUCACCGGCGCCGCGCGAUGAUCAGCAGCAGCAGCAGGCCAGUGGAGCAGCAAUUUCUACAGCGCCCGCCACCUCGCAGCACCAGCACCAGCAACUGGGCCUCCAGCCACAGCAGAAGAUCGACCUCUCCCUGCCAGGCAAUACGCCCCCCACGCGCGCUGUAGCAGGGAACGGUCCUGUGCCUAGCCUGCCCUCUUCCACCUUUGGUGGACCAAUGACCUCACCCCUCUUUGGUGGCCUCUUUGCCCCACUGAACAUGAGUGCGCAGGACGAGAAUGACUUGGAGAGUCAGGGUGGGCCUGGUGGGGCCGAGGCGCUUCGUAUCUGAGACAACGCGGCGCAUGGUGAUGACCCUUGUUGUUUGGUCUCUGUUCUCUGUCUCGUCCUCCUUUCUGUUUCAUAUCACAUCAACGACACCAACGAAAGAACAUUUGUCUCAUCCGCAAUCUCAAAUUCACAUUGUCUCGUAUCUAUUUCUCCACUGCGUCAGGGUCUCGAUCCUCACCCACUUGACGAAGAUUCUGCAGGGUCCUAA